CCCCCAAUUUAAACCUCACACCACCGUAUGAGGACCUCCGAGAGGCGGCCUCCGGGACACCUGGGGCGCCGGGGCCUAGCCCUUUAAGUGCGGAGGGCGGGCGCGCGCGCAGCGUGCGUCCGGGAACCCGCGUCCGGGAGCUGGGAGCACGCGGGGCGGUCCGGCAGUUGGCGAGGCGCGCGGACUCGGGGAGGCUCCGGCGCUGGGCUCCGGGUCGUGGUCCGCGUGGGCACCUGCUGUCCCUGGAAGGGGCUCCGGCCAGAAGUACUCUUCUGCCUCAGGAUGGGAUACUGGCUCCUGCCCCUCUUCCUGUGAGCAAGCCAGCAUCUGAGGUUUCUGUGGGGAUGCCUGUCAACCACCACAAAUCAGACUCUUUGGAGAUGGACUCGGACAUGUCACCCAGCUGCAGACUCAGUGACUUGAGCAGAGGAGGGAGUUUGGAGAGUUGGAGCAGCAGCUCUCGGUCCAGAAGUUUCACUUUGGAUGAUGAAAGCCUCAAGUACCUCACACAUGAGGAAAAAGACGUCAUCCUGUUCUUUGAAGAGACUCUGGAUUCCCUGGAAGAUGACUUGGAGGAGCCAAUCCUGUGUGACAGUGGCAUUCAUUGCCAAUCUCCACAGUCUUUGGAAGAGAGCCCGUCCAGUCACUCUGAGCCUGAAGAUGUCAUCAAUUUAGUGCAGCCUGGACCUGCUGCUGGGGAAGCGGAGUGCCUUCCAGACACAUCUCAGAUAGCAGGGGCCGGACCUAUUGGGAAAGAGGAUGAUCUUGUCCUUGAAGGCAGGAAGCACAAAGCUGAGAAGUCCCCACAGUCAGGCUCCACAGUUCCAGAGGCUGUUCCUCUGCCUCCCUUGUCUCCAUCUGAAACUCCAGCCCAUCCCAGGAAGGAGCUGCUCCCUCCUCCUCCUCCAGCAGAGCACCCAAAGCUCCCACGCUCUGUCCCCACUCCUCUUGUGAUUGCUCAGAAAAUUUCUGAGAAGUUGGCAGGAAAUGAAGCUCUUUCCCCCACAUCUCCCUCCAAAGAAGACAGGCCUGGAGAAUGGAGGACACUGGCUUCUCUAGCCCCUUGGAAUGGGGACCACCUCCUGUGGCACAGACACAUGGCACAGCCCCCAGCCAAGAUUCACCGCUUCCCCAGUAAUAUCAGUGUGACCAACAGCUCAGGGAAGGAAUUCAGUAAGACCAUCUCAAAGGCGGCUGUCAAUGUGCAGGAGCGGAAAGCCCAGGUCCUGGCCAACAUCAAUGGUGUCUCCUUCCACAAUCCAGGAGACACAGAAGACCGGUCACAGAAUAGUGACCUUCCAGAGCAAAGGAAUGUCUCUCUAGAUCAGACAGCACAUGCUCAGGACACCCCAGGCCUGGCCACUGAGGCCACAGGCCCCCGAGCAGCAGGGCAGUCCAGCAGUCAGCAGUCCAGAGGCGUGCAGACAGAACAGCCCUCCUUGCUGCCCAACGGCUUCCAGAGCAUCCACGAGGCCCUCAGGAGUGAGCCCAGUCCCUUUGUGUCCACUGGAAAGACCAUCACCUUCCGCCCAGACCCUACUCUUGCCAGCAAACUGGCGCGCCAGAAUGCCAGCAGGAGCACCUAUGAGCCCCAGCAGCCGGACUCUAGCCAGGACACCAGGAGGCGGGGGUGCUCCCUCCCCAGAGCAGUGGGCUUCAGACCCCAGGGCAUCACUGUGCAGUUCUCCGGCCGUGGCUCCACAGAGGAAGCCCGGCGGGAGGCCCUCCGCAAGCUCGGGCUGCUGAAGGAAAACUUGUGAUGAGGACUGUGUCUUGGGAAGCUGCAGGAGGCAUGUGGCUGGCCGAGGCUGGCAGAAUGGCUGAAAUAUACCUGGUUUUCCACUCCCUAAAAAGAGGGUGAAAUGAAACACUAUUGUUGAUACAUGGUUAUCUCGUACUGUAACUCCAGGAGCUGGUUGGUAUAAAAUGCACAGUCCUUCAUCCCAGAUGCUGUGCCAGUGCAGGAAAGAGCCCGGUGCUUGGCAUCAGGAAUCCCACAGCUGAGCAGAUUCUCUUCUGUGAAAGAGAAACUAAGCUAUGUCUUGUCAUCUUUUUUCAGAGGUCUCAGAGAAAGAAUAACCUUUAACACCUGUUGGCUUCCAUGAUUUGUUAAUGCCAUAUGUUUUUAGAUUCAGGAAGAGGGAGGAGACCUGAUUCGUCAAUUCUUGAGUCUUUGCUCUAGACUUCUAUCACAAGUAUGUAACAUGAAAGCCAUUUUAGAUCUCUUCUACUCAGGAUUUUCCCCUUGUUUUCUAUGAACGUAAAAAAGAAAUGCCCAUUAAGUUUUUAUAGUGUCAUGAUACUUUUUUGGUUUUUUGUUUUUGAAGGCUGAAAGAUGGUACUUUGCCCCUGGGUGUGCUUUUGUUUCUUGAUAUAAUUUGGUUUGCCCAGUAUUUUAAUUGAUAAAUUAAAAUGAAACCUUUAGAAUAUCAUUUACUAUAAUUUUGAGUUAUGAAAGUAAAAUAGAAAGGUUGAAUUGGGAAAAAGUGGUAAUUUUGAGAAGGCAAGUCUCCUCAGACUGCAAAACCUAUUUUCCUAGACCAUGUAUAUGAGUUUGCUGUGUGUAUAUAUGUACAUAAUGUGUAUUAACAUAUACAUAGGUAUUGUGUGUUUGGUGUGCAUGUUAUUACAUACAUAAAAAACUCCUGAAAAUCCUAUUAAAUAACUUCAGGAUAUGAGCACUUCCUAUUCUCUUGAUAGAUGCAGCCACCUCAGCAUUGUGAUGGAUGACAUAAGAAAUUGCUUCCUAAAAGGGAAGUCUUUUUAGGCCAUGUGUACAUUUGCAAACAUAGUUUUUCCUCAAUGGUGUAUUCUUCUGUUCCCAGUUAAAAUAAUAUUCCCUGAUUCCAAAUAAGCCACAUUUUUCCUUUUUCAGUGAAAAACAUUUUUAAAAACUGAUCUUUUUUUAGUUUAUCACCUCACUUGAGUUUUGUGUGUUCCAAGGUAGCUAGGAAACAAAAGAUUCUCAAAAAAUCCCUCAUUGGUUAUGUUUCAUGAGCAACAUCUCAGAAUUAAUUUAAAAGGGGGAAAACAGUGAACUAGGUUACACAGCAUGAAAAGAGCUGGUUUGUCUCCCAGACUAUGUCCUACAUGCUGAGUUGUGGCCACAGCAUUAUUAUCAAAACUAUUUUAAAUCUGGAGUCUUCAACCUCUGAAAAUAGAUGAGGAGGGGCUGCGCUGGGCAGUCAUGCCCUUCUGUUUCUGUAUCCCUACCAGCACCGUAAUAGGGCCCGUUUCUUUCCUGCUGGGUAUUACUGAAAUUCAAACUUUAAAAUGUACUGUGAAGGGCAUUUUUUUUGUAGUAUUCCACUUGCCUUAUAAGUUACAUAAAACAAAUGAUUAUGGUUUUUUUUUCCUUAGAACCACAGUAUUUAGUGUCUCAUCCAGUUCAUGUUCUCAUGAAAUAAUCUCAAAGAUUCUUGAUGAUCUUAACUUAAAUAGGUGCUUUGAUUUUUUUUUUAUUCCAGUUUAUGUUGGAUUUGUUUAAAGGAUUCAUGAGUUUCCUUUUUACAAAGUGAGAUGCCAUAUACAGUGUUUGAGGGUCUUGGUAGAGCUAAUAUUUUACAUAUCCUUUUAUAUGAGGAUUGUUUUUAUCUUACCCUAUGAUUUUAUUGUGAAUAGGUGAACUUGACUGUAUAUUAGUAUGUUUGUUCUUAUAAUGACAUUUUUGAAAAAUAAAUUUAGUUUUAUCUUACAUAUAAGCAACUUUGAUUUUGACAUUAUGCACAGUAUCCUGUUACUUUCUUUUAAGUGGUUAUGUCUUUUCCUUCUAUUUAUUCAUAAUUAUACUGACUUUACUCAAGUCAUUUCUUAUGCCCACAGUCUUUGUGAUCAAAGCCCUACGUUUUCUAAGAGCUUCAAAGGACAGUUGCUAGUGACCUAACCUGUAUGUGUACAUAACAUAUUAACAAAAAAUCUAGUUUGCCAAGAGGCAUUAGUUUCCUUGCCACAACUAUGUGGUGUUACAUUUGUAAAGGCCGUCUGGUUCAAGGUAAUUUGAAGGACUAUAUUUCAAAAAAAGAUUGUAAUGAAAAGGAAAGAUGAAUCCGAAAUGCCAGUUUCUUUUCAAGCGAUGCUUGUAAAUCUUUCUCUUAUGUUUAUGAAACUCUUAAUAUUUAAAAAUCAGAAAAAAUUCUCCUUUGCUUUUAAGGAAGUGUACAAAUGUCCAGACUCAAGUCUUAACAAGCAAACAGCACUACUUUGCAAGAACCAAGAUGAGACCAUUUGCUCCAGGUCUCUCUCCCACCAUCAUCCUUCCUUUGACAUUUGGUCCCCAGUGUGCAUACUUUUCUUCACAAAUUUGGCAGCAAUUUUGGACUUUUCUUUAUUUCCUCCUCCUGAAGUACACAUUCUUCUAUAAUGCUGCUUGAGAAGGCACAGGAAGAGAGAGAUUUGAGGAUGCCACCCAGCAGGAAUUCUGAGGGCACUGCUGUGCACAGUGUUUAACAUAGGGCUCUCUGCUCUGUGCAUCUUGCCCUGAGGCAGAGCCACUGAGGAGGCAGUGGCCAGGGCUCAGUGCCUGAGCUGCGUUCGUACUCUCCCCCUCUUGGGCUGGGCAAGCUGACUUUAAUUAUGAAGGAUUCUUUGCUCAAAUCUGGUGAGUAGCUCCCAUAGUAGGAUCCCCCAUUUAGAACUGGCUUUCAUGAAGCACUUGUGGAGCCCUUAGCACUGACCUUUUUAUUAAAAAAAAAUCGGGCUGGGAAUGUAUUUCACUGGUAGAGUUCUAAACCAUCAUGCAUGAGUCCCUGGCUUCAUUUGCCAGGAGGGGAGGAAAUCAAUAGUUCAUACUUUUUAACCCCUAUAGCUCUAACUGGGGAUUUGACCUUGCAGAGAAUUCAGUGGUGAUUUUUUUUUUUUUUGUAUAGGUGAUCUAAGAAAUCAGUUCUUAGCCAGGCAUGGUGGUGUGCACCUGUAAUCGCAACACUCAAAAGGCUGAGGCAGGAAGAUUGCAAGUUUGAGCCCAACCUGGGCUACUUAAAUCCUAUCUCAAAAAAUAAAAAGUAGUUGUUUGUAGUGAAAGCCCUGGGUUCAAUCUCCAGUACUACAAAAAGAAAAAAUCAGUUCAUUAAUGAAGAGAGAGAAAUAAGAUAAAUAUGACAACAGUUUUAUCAAGAAAUGUGUACCUUGUGUGCUGAUGUUUUCCAAAUGAUAUGCAUAAUGGGAACAUUGUUUCUCUUUGGGUGUAUUCUGUCCUUAUGACAUAGCAAGACCAAUAAAUUUUUUUUGUCCCUAAA